GUCCACUGUGGUGGUUUUCUUCCUCGAGGAACCGUUUUCUCGCAGACACUCGGCAGUCAGAGCCUCCAGCAGCAAUCUGGGAGCUUUGCCUUUAGCUUGGGUUUACCCUCCAGAGACGCUGCAUUUCUGUUCUUGGGCUGCACUGAGAACUUCUAAAAAUUACCCUCACGGUCGUCAGAACAAAAACUACACCUUCCCCCAGGAAUCUAAGCAUGCACGGAGCGGAGAUUUGUUAAACCAGAGCAGGGGAGAGGAGAACGGAAAACUAGUGGAUGCAGCAGACGGGAGCUCUGUGCAAAAAUCUCAAACCAGUUCAGAUGUUGCUGUUUCCUCAAGUUGCAGGUCUAUGGAAAUGCAGGAUCUAACCAGCCCACAUAGCCGACUAAGUGGUAGUAGUGAAUCCCCCAGUGGUCCAAAGCUUGAUAACGCUCAUAUAAAUAGCAAUUCCAUGACACCCAAUGGCACAGAAGUUAAAACAGAGCCAAUGAGCAGCAGUGAGAUUGCUACUACAGCAGCAGACGGAUCUUUAGACAACUUUUCAGGAUCAGCAAUUGGAAGUAGUGGCUUCAGCCCAAGACAAACACAUCAGUUUUCCCCACCACAGAUAUAUCCUUCCAACAGACCAUACCCACAUAUUCUCCCUACCCCUUCCUCACAAACUAUGGCUGCAUAUGGGCAAACACAGUUUACCACAGGAAUGCAACAGGCGACAGCAUAUGCCACAUACCCACAGCCAGGACAGCCAUAUGGAAUCCCCUCGUAUGGUGCAUUGUGGGCAGGCAUCAAGACAGAAGGUGGAUUGUCUCAAUCACAGACACCUGGACAGACAGGAUUUCUAAGCUAUGGCACAAGCUUUAGUACUCCUCAACCUGGACAGGCACCAUACAGCUACCAAAUGCAAGGUAGCAGUUUUACAACAUCAUCAGGACUAUACACAGGAAAUAAUUCACUCACAAAUUCUUCUGGAUUUAAUAGCUCACAGCAGGAAUAUGCAUCUUAUACCAGCUUUGGUCAGGGUCAAUAUGCACAGUAUUAUAACAGCUCACCAUACCCAUCCCAUUACAUGACAAGCAGCAACACCAGUCCUACAACACCUUCUACAAAUGCAACAUACCAGCUUCAAGAACCACCAUCUGGCAUCACCAGUCAAGCAGUUACAGAUCCCACUGCAGCAGAGUACAGUACAAUCCACAGUCCUUCGACACCUAUUAAAGAUUCAGAUUCAGAUCGGUUACGCCGGGGUUCAGAUGGGAAAUCACGUGGGCGGGGCCGAAGAAACAAUAACCCUUCACCACCACCAGAUUCUGACCUUGAGAGGGUUUUCAUCUGGGACUUGGAUGAGACAAUCAUUGUUUUCCAUUCCUUGCUUACUGGGUCCUAUGCUAACAGAUAUGGAAGGGAUCCACCUACUUCUGUUUCACUUGGACUGAGAAUGGAAGAAAUGAUUUUCAAUCUGGCAGACACACAUCUGUUCUUUAAUGAUUUAGAAGAAUGUGAUCAAGUUCAUAUAGAUGAUGUCUCAUCCGAUGAUAAUGGUCAAGACCUAAGCACAUAUAACUUUGGAACAGAUGGCUUUCCUGCUGCAGCAACCAGUGCUAAUCUAUGCUUAGCAACUGGCGUUCGAGGAGGAGUAGACUGGAUGAGAAAGUUGGCCUUCCGCUAUAGACGAGUAAAAGAAAUCUAUAACACCUACAAAAAUAAUGUUGGAGGUCUUCUUGGUCCAGCCAAAAGAGAAGCUUGGCUCCAGUUAAGGGCAGAAAUUGAAGCACUAACAGAUUCUUGGUUAACACUUGCACUGAAAGCCUUGACACUGAUUCAUUCUAGGACAAACUGUGUGAAUAUUUUAGUAACAACUACUCAACUUAUUCCAGCCCUGGCAAAAGUCCUGCUGUAUGGAUUAGGAGUUGUGUUUCCAAUCGAAAAUAUUUACAGUGCGACAAAAAUAGGAAAGGAAAGUUGUUUUGAGCGAAUAAUUCAAAGGUUUGGAAGAAAAGUUGUAUAUGUUGUUAUAGGAGAUGGUGUGGAAGAAGAACAAGGAGCCAAAAAGCAUGCAAUGCCAUUUUGGAGGAUCUCAAGCCACUCUGACCUUAUGGCUCUUCAUCACGCCUUAGAACUGGAGUACCUGUAACAGCCAGAGAGCACUUUGAAAUUCCCCCACAUCCUUAUGUCCGUGGACAAUAUACAGGAGGCCUGUAUCUUGUGACAGCAUUGGACUCCAAAAAAAUUGUGGUUUCCACAUGCAGAUACGCAGCUGCAAUUGGUCUUAACCUAUGCCCUUUCAAUAAAUAGAGGACCAUGCCUUUUCCUUCAGAACAGCUGUCGAUUCUAGUACUGUGAAUCCAAUGGGAAAAAGACAAAAACCAUGAGAAUGUCCUGACCAUGUGUCUCUGCCACAUUGGCUACACGGUUCAAACCUGUGAAGGAAGAAAGAUCCUGAAAAUGCUUUGAUAAAUAGCAUCUUCAGUGUGACAGAAACUGCUUCUUCAAUACAGCAAACUUGAUUGCACAAUGAAGACUGGGAUUGCUUUGUUUUGUUUUUUCCUUUCUCAAUAUCAAUGGAGUGAUUUUCUUGUAAAGAAGGUUGACUUUUGGGUGUCUCCUCCCCAGGGUACUCUGUACAUCUCUACUUAUUAUUUAUGAACAGACUGUGUUUUUGACAUUAAGUAAAAGGAAGGACUUUUGAUGGGAGUUAGGUGCUUUCAAACCUCAGCCUCCUGAUAGACACAGCAAGUCUUUGGAUUUUAGCACAUUGCGAAGUAGUUUAAAAUAUGUCUAAUUUAAACAGAUGUGUACAUCACUAAGACAAUCAUGUACAGGAAGAAUUUUUUGUGUAAAUUUGUAAUAAUGGAUGAUUCUUUUACAUAUCAUUUUAGGGAGAUGCUAUUGAAAGGUAGAAAUGCCUUGCUAGUGAAAUAUAAGAGGCAGCAUGGGCAUAAUGUCUCAUGAUGCACCUUAUCAAAGGGUUGGGUAUAAAUAUGUAGAUAAUGGAUUUUUUUUAGAUAAAUUUGUCAAGACCAAAAGCAUGGAUGUCAAGUGUCAAUCAGGAUUUUGUUUUGUUCUGUUUUAUUUUGUUUUUCUAGCUGUUUUCUUUCCCUCGGUUCUUCUGCCUAAAUAAAAAAAAGUCCUUUAUUAAAAACAACAUAUCCAGAGCACCUCCUCCCCCUGAAGUUUCUCAAAAGAGUUAAAGAAGGAAACUUAACACCUCCCUUUUAUAAUUUCAGCACUAAUAUAUGAUAUGUAGCUACUUGAAAAAAAUUAAUCAAAUGCCUCAUCCCACAGAAAGAAUAUAGAGGCUAGAUAUAUUUUAUUAAAAUGGUUUGUGGGUUGGAGUCUACUAAAUUUUUCAUAUAAUCAGAAAAUCCAAAUCAUUCUAGUGUUUUCAUUCUUUUGUUAAAGAAAGAAAUAUCAUAGUUCUUUAGAACUGAGCAAAAAUCUGUACCCAAUCCCAGAAUUUUAUGUCCUUUUCUUUUCUUCUCUCCCCUGCUUCUCUUCUCUUUUCCUCUUCUCUUCCUUUUUGUCUCCUUCCCUUCCCUCUCUUCCUAUUUUCUUCUCUCUCUUCUCUUGGUUUUUAUUCCCCACAUCAACUUAAAAAAGCAAGAUAAUCAUAUACGGGGAAGUAAAGGCUGUCAUAUUUCUCUACCGGGAAGUUAGUUUCUGCUUUUGACAUUCAGUUUUUCAGUAAAUCCCUUUUCUUUUCUUAUAUCUUACCCUUUUCCUCAAGUCACUCUAGCGAGGAAUUCAUCUCCUCUAACUUCUU